GCUCUAAAAUGAGAGUAAGCAGAAAAACGUGUUAAAACAGCAGUUGGGAUCUGUAUGAGUCGACACUAGGGGGCGAAGGGUGAAAUCAGGCACUCCCAGAUCUACCCAAUUGGAUUCAUCAUCAUCAUCAUCAUCACUAUGUUUCUAUUCGAUUGGUUCUACAGCGUAUUAGCCUCUCUUGGAUUAUGGCAGAAAGAGGCCAAGAUCCUGUUCUUGGGCCUGGAUAACGCCGGCAAGACGACUCUUCUUCACAUGCUGAAAGACGAGCGAUUAGUUCAGCAUCAGCCUACUCAGCACCCUACUUCCGAAGAAUUGAGUAUCGGUAAAAUCAAGUUCAAGGCUUUCGAUUUAGGCGGUCAUCAGAUUGCUCGUCGCGUCUGGAAGGAUUAUUACGCCAAGGUGGAUGCGGUAGUUUACCUUGUGGAUGCCUAUGACAAGGAACGUUUUGCAGAAUCCAAAAAGGAGUUGGAUGCUCUCCUUUCUGAUGAGUCCCUGGCCACUGUCCCCUUCCUCAUUUUGGGAAACAAGAUUGACAUUCCAUAUGCUGCCUCAGAGGAUGAGUUGAGGUUCCACCUUGGUCUGAGUGGUGUCACCACCGGCAAAGGGAAAGUGAAUCUUGCAGAUUCUAGUGUGCGUCCCUUGGAGGUAUUUAUGUGCAGCAUUGUACGAAAAAUGGGAUAUGGUGAUGGAUUUAAAUGGGUGUCUCAAUAUAUCAAGUAGGUUAGAGGGCGAGCAAGAAGUUUUAUUAUGUUAAGCGCUCUCUUCAAGAAGAGAUGAACAAGCCGAAGACUAAUACUGAUGCAUUCCUCAGCUUUGUUCAGUUUUGCUAAGGGCGUUUUACAUUUUAUUAUGUGGUUUGGAUCUCUCUGAAAGAAGCCAUUUAUUCUAUUGCCUUGUAAAAUUCUCUUGUGGCUAAUAUAUUUUCAAUUAUUCCAAUUUCAA